AGGCUAGGCCAGCCUUGGGCAAACUGGGUUCCAGGCCUCUUUGGGCACGCCCCACUUCUGUGACCUGGGCAAGUCCUUCUCCUCCUCUCAGCUUGUUUCCUUUUCUGCUGGGUAAAAAGUGAGAAUCUGCCUUUUGCCUCCCACCAGGGUUUGCGCGCCCCGCAUUUGGCGAUGCACCUGUUUUUCUGGCACACCUGGUUGUGCAAUGCCAACGUCUAGCUGAGCAGCGAAAGCGGAAACAACUUCAGGGAGUUCCCCAGCCAGCGCUGGGACCCACCCACCGGCGGGAGGCGCUGGGGACCUGGAGACGGGCGUGCGCUGGGGAACCGUGACUCACUCUCUUCGGGGGAGACCCCGUCCAUUGCCCUCUUCAGCCUCGGGGGCCAGAGCGCGGCUAGAGGAGCAGUGAGACAGCCAUGUCUGAGCCCGAGGUCGCAGCCGACGACCUGGACGCCUUCAUCGACGACCUGGACUACCUCCCGGGCCACUUCCACCUGGAGAUGCAGCUGAACUUCGAGCCGCGUUCGCCGGCCCCGCUGCGCGCCCGGGAUCUGAAACUGCAGCGGGAGGCCGUGCAGCAGGAGCUCGAGCUGGCGGCCGUCCCGCAGCGGUCGGCCGUGUGUCACCUGCUGGGUGCGUUCGCCUUCUACCUGGAGGAGCUGGACGAGGCCCGGGAGCGCUUUCUCCAGGUGGUCCGCGAGGACCCGGGCAACCUCAAUGCCUGGGCCAAUCUGGCACAUGUGUACGGGCACUUGGGCCAGGAGGAAGAGGAGGAGGCUUGUGCCGCGCGACUGGCUGGUCUCAUGGGCCUGGCGGCGGACCCGGAGGCACCCGCGGACCCCCAGCUCCGGGCUGCACGCUGCCUGGCGGAGCAGGGCUACGCGCACGGCUUCGACGUGGGCUGCGCCAGCCUGAAAGAACGCGCACGGGUACUGGCAGCUGGCAUCGCGCUCUAUGACAAGGCUCUGGACUACGGGCAGCAGAUCCCGAUGGAGGAGAAAAGGGGCUGGUACUUCACCAUGGCAACCCUCCUCAUCAGGCUGGAUGGCAUCUUCCUGGAGCAGGGCAGCCAGGAGCAGAAGAGGCUGCCUGCCUUCAACCGCACGCUGACCCUGCUGCGGCAGGUCCUCAAGUCCUCGGACCCCCGACACCGAGCGCUGGCCUGGUGCUAUCUUGGGAUGCUGCUGGAGAGGAAGGACACCUUCUCCACCACCCCUAUGGGCAUCCACGACUGUGGGUACUCCGGGACUGACCCCUUGGACUGCUUCGGCAAGGCUAUCGAGAUUGCCAAGGACCAACCUCCUAUCCUGAAUCACCUGGCCAAAAUCUUCCACUUCCUAGGAAAGCAGGAUAUGGCCAUUGGAACCUGUAACAUGGCCCUGGAUGUCCUACAAGAUCCAGAGCUCAACUGGCAAGCAUACUGCACAAGGGCCAAGAUCCACAUCAGAGCCUACCUGCACGACCUGACACGGGCCAAGACGGGGCUUGGGGGUAUGCCGGACAGGAAACACCUGGCCUGCGCCAAAGCUGACCUUGAGGAAGUAGUCAAAGUGUGCCCAGGCCUCAGGACAUACCUGGACAUUGGCCAGGUCUACUACUACAUGGGCGUGGACGCCAUGCGGGAGCUGCUGGCGGUGGACGAGGCGGCUCUCAACCAGGCGCUGGUCUUCCUGGCCAAGGCCGGCGAAUUCGAGCUGGGCGCCACGCUGCCCGAGCUGCAGCUGCUACGAGGCAAGUGCCUGCGCAUCAAGGGCGAGGAGGCCAACGCGGCGGCCUGCUUCAAGCGCGCCGUGGAGCUGGACGACAUGGGCUCCAGCCACACCGAGGGCUUCGGAUGCCUGCUUGAGGCGCUGCUGGUGCAGUGGAGCCAGGCACAGCUGAGCGACGGCGAGCUGGGACUUGAGGUGGACGCCUGGCUGCGCCGCGCCCGGGGCAAGUACCCGGAGGCCUGUCUGCGCCAGGAGCUGCAACGCGUGUGGCGCGGCCACACGGAUGAGAUGCUGGGGGUGGCCGGGGCCUUGGUGGCCCAGGGACGGCCAGCGCUAGUGCGAAUGCUUUUCGAAACCAUGGAAGUAGAGGGUGAGAGUGGAGAGGCGCGCAGGCGCCGUGCGUUCUCCUUCUGAGUUGCCGGAGUCCAGGCCCCGCCUCGCAGAGGCCCCGCCCCAGGUUCUGAGGCAGUUCUAAGCACUGAAGUUGUGCGCCCCAGCCACCCGCAGGCUGCUUGCGGUAGCCAAUCAGAUUCCUUUUCCGAAACUGAGAGGUGAACAUUGAGACUAAGGCAGUUCGAGCUGCCCACUAAGGCCUGACUGCCAGUUUGGGGACUCUCAUGAGCCAUUCUCUAUAAGAAGAUAAGGGGUUGCCGGAUGAGAGAGUGCAACACCUGUGAUCCCAACUGCUGAGGCAGGAGGACUGCGAUUUCAAGCCCGCGCUGGACAAAUUGAGGGAGACCCUGUCUCAAAAAACGAAAGACUAACGUUGACUGUUGACUGCAGUCUCGGGUCCUGCAGCCGGAAAAAGUUCAGAGUGGAAUCAAGGGCAAGGUGGCACAGUGAGUGGGCUAAGGCAGGGCCUUAACUUAAACCUGGGUGCUCAGUCCUUUCUCCACCUCCUACCAGUUUUCCAGCAGGUGUCAUUCUUGGUCGGCAUGGUUCCAAAGUCCUCUGGAAUUCCUUGAAAUAGAACUUGUCAAUAGAA